CUGCUUCCCUGUCACACCCCUGCCCGCGCCUGCCCACCCCACCCCCUCCUCCCCGAGAGGGAGACCCAGGACGAGACGCCUUUCGCCCACAGGUGCCGAGCUUGCCAGGGCUGAGGCAGGAGGAGGCCGCGCCCAUGGGGUUCCAGCAGCCGUCGCUGGCCGCCCUGUACGUGCUGGGGGUGCUGGUCACUUCCUGCCUCGGGGGGCCCUACCAGGAGAACUCAGGAAACAUGGUGAGACUGACAGGCUCCACCUCGCCGUGCCAGGGCCAGUUGGAGGUCCUCCUCGGUUCCACAUGGCACACAGUGUCUCGGUGGAGCUGGAACCAGGGUACGAACCGCAGGGAGGACUACACGCAGGCCUCAGAAUUCUGCCGGAGCCUGGCUUGCGGGAAGGCCUUGAUCUUGGCCCACCUCCCUGACUUCAACAAUCCCCAGCAACCGGUCACCUGCUACGGUCGCCUGGGAUCCUUCUCCAACUGCAGCUACAGUGAGGCCAGACAGAGGAGCUCUCUGGGCCUGAUCUGCCAAGAGCCUCCGAAGACACCACCUCCUCCCACGAGCCCCCCACCCACCACCACUCCAGAGCCCACAGCUCCUCCCAGGCUGCAGCUGGUGGCCGGGCCCCGGGGCCUGCGGUGUGCCGGCGUGGUGGAGUUCUACUACGGCAGCCUCGGGGGGGCCAUCAGCUACCACAAGCGGGACCAGGACCGGACCCAGGACCUGAAGAACCGCAUCUGCGCGGCCCUCCACUGUGGCUCCUUCCUGAGGCACCUGCCAGAGGCCGAGACAACCAGGACCCAAGAUCCGGGGGAGAGCAAGGCCUUGCCGAUUCGAUGGGAGAUCCAGAACGCCAGCUGUGCGUCCCUGGAGCAGUGCUUCAGGAAAGUCCCGCCCUAUGAGGGUGGCCAAGCUCUGGCCCUUGUCUGUUCUGAUUUCCAGCCCAAGGUGCAGAGCCGCCUGGUGGGGGGCAGCAGUCUGUGUGAAGGCUCCGUGCAGGUGCGCCAGGGCAAGCAAUGGGAAGUCCUGUGUGACGUCUCCUGGGCCAAGGGCACCGCGAGGUGGGAAGAGGUGUGCCAGGAGCAGCAGUGCGGCAAAGUCAACUCCUACCGGGUGCUGGAUGCCGCGGAGAAGACCUCCCACGGCCUCUCCUGUCCCCAGGAGAAGCUGUCCCAGUGCCACCAGCUUCAAGAGAAAAAAACCCGCUGCAAGAGGGUGUUUGUCACAUGCCAGGACCCAAACCCGGCAGGCCUGGGCGCAGGCACCGUGAUGAGCAUCGUUCUGGCCCUUGUGCUCCUGGCAGUGCUGCUGGUGGUGUGCGGCCCUCACGCCUACAGGAAGCUGGUGAAGAAAUUCCGCCAGAAGAAACAGCGCCAGUGGAUUGGCCCCACAGGAAUGAACCAGAACAUGUCCUUCCAUCGCAACCACACGGCGACCGUCCGGUCCCGGGCUGAGAACGCCACUGUCUCGCACGUGGAGAAUGAAUACAGUCAGCCGCCCAGGAACUCCCAGGUCUCUGCUUAUGCAGCUCUGGAAGGGGCCCUGCGUCGUGUUUCCACCCAGCCUGAUAACUCGUCCGACAGUGACUACGACCUGCACGGGACUCAGAGGCUGUGAAAGAACCAGGCACCAGGCAUAAAACAUCAAGAGCCAGACCUGUCUCCUGAGAACAGUCUGCAUCCGCUGCCUGGAAAUGAUUUCUGCCCCAGCUAGAACAUGGACGGAGACAAGGGGGCCUUCAGAUAUGUCCUCUGUCCCUGCCACUGUGGGUGUCAGAUCCCAGCCCAGGGAAGACCCCCAACACAGCUGGGCUAUCCCUCCCCAUGUGGGAGCCGUGACAGGGACAGCCCAGAAACAAGACCUUCCCUAUGCAGCCAUAUGGGGGGCAGCACCCGGAGGACCUGAUUCUCUCCUCAGACUCUGAUCCCAGCGAGCAAGGAAGCUCCGUUCUGGGACGCGGGAUGGGGUGGGUGGGGGGGCUCAGUUCUCCAGUUUUUUUUUUAAUAUGUUCUUUGUAAAUAACACUUUUUCUACUUCCUGUGAGCUAAAGGGCCUCCCCUCCGCAGUCCAGGGUCCAGCGCCAGGACCCCUCUGGGGACAGCGGUACAGCCGUGGUCAGAGGGGCUGUGCACCUCAGACAGAGUGCCUCAACCUGGCAGGCAGCUGCCACCUGACGCGGAGCCCCAUUUUCACCCUCCGUGAGCCCCCGAGUCCCCCAGCCCCUCGCCCCAAGACACCUUCCGGAGAGCACUAGAUCUCUGGGACCCCUGGCUGCCAAGCCCAAGGGCGCCGUGCCAGCCCAGGGCCUGGAGAGGGCGCCUCAUAAAUCCUAGCCCAGGUAGGGUUCUGUUUCACACAGCAGUUUAAAGUUCAAAGCUAAAGAGGUUUCAACCCAUCACAGCUAACUUCUAAGCUGAGAGUCAGAGACCAGGACUGGACGUUUCUGGAAGUUAAAUCAUUCACUCCCUCAGCGGAAGCAGUCUCUGCUGGUCAGAGCGUCCAGACACACACGGUAGCCUGCGGUGCCCGGGUUUCCUUAGCGAGGGAAGGAGGGUGAGCGAGAGGGGCACAUCUCGCUGGGAGCUUGAAGAUCUAGAACAGGCAGAGGCUGGGCUGGGCCCCACUAAGCCCUCGGGCACCAGUCCUAGGGAGGCAUCCUGGGUCUGGGGCUUCCUCCACACACUCUGCCACUGUUUCCGCCGGGAGCAACAGCUCUUCACAGCCCAAGUCACAGAAGCCAACAUGGGAAGUUACUAGAAGGAUGUGGGGGAGAAUCAGGGGAUCCGGGGGUACUAUAUUGCCUCAAAGGUUCUGGUCAGCCCUCUGCCCACACCUUCCAACCAGGUCUCAGGUCUGCCCCGACCACGCUAGGGAUCCAGAAGCAGGGGCACCCGUUCACCUUCCUACACUUGGCAGGCGUGAGGGGUUCCUCAAAGGGGAACUAAGAAGCGGCUUUUAGCGAGAGGUGUUGGGGAGCAAAAAUUCUGGUCCCCUCAGAGGUCCUUCGAGCGGGACUAAGAAUCACAUUGACAUGAGACAGUCACGGGAGAAAAUCGAAUUUAGUAGGAGCGCGGACAGGGAAUCCACACAGACACGGAAACUGCAAAGACAGGCCAGAUGAGGGCUCUGCGUCGCUCCUGAACAAAGGAGGAGGGGUAGGGCUCUGGGACUGCAAAGGGAAGGAAUGUUCCUCACGGGACAGUAAGAAGACCAGAUGUUUGGUAAUUAGAUGUUUGCCCUGCUGUACAGAUAGGCUGCUCAGACAAAAUUUAUCUCUAGAAAGAC